UAAAAAGCCACUUUCCAAAGCAACACCUCUCCUUAACCGAGGCAAACUUGUUCUCUUUCUCUGUUUCUUUCUUACUUUCUCUUGUUCUGUGUCCUCCUGAAACAGAACACAGAGAAUACAGCAAUGUCUUCUUCUAGCUCCAGCAGAAAAAAGCUUCACCUGAACAACGUGUCUGUGAAACUAGGUUGUGGUAGCUGCAGCAGGAGACCAAAGCUGUUCCGCUUACUAUUCCAAACAAAACCAAAGAACCCCACUUACCAGAAACACAAACUUUACAACUAUGACUGCAGCACCAGCACCCCCACCACCACAAACACCACCACCACCACCGCAACCACAUUCUCUCCUUGCUACGUUGAUUCCUCACAGCAGUUUUCCGAUUCAGAGACUUACAAGGCCACAAGGACAGUGGGUGGUUUAGGCAGAGCAGGCAGAGAAGGCGUGGCGGUGGAGAAAGACUCCGAUGACCCUUAUCUGGAUUUCCGGCGUUCCAUGCUUCAGAUGAUUUUGGAGAAUGAGAUUUACUCCAAAGAUGACCUCAGAGAGCUUCUGAAUUGCUUUCUUCAGCUGAACGCACCAUAUCACCAUGGUGUCAUAGUCAGAGCUUUCACUGAGAUCUGGAAUGGAGUUUUCUCUGUCAGGUCCAACUCGCCCAGGUUCCAUAAGCCACGUGAGUUCUGAAGUAGUGCUCCCAAUGUGGUCGUCAUCAUCAACAAUGUUUGCAAGUUUUGUGAAUACUUGUGUUAAUUCAGUGCUCUGUAGUGUGUACUAGGUUUAAUGUAGUCCUACUGAUCAAUCACAAGCUUUUUUUUGAGUUGUGCUAUUGCUGAUGUUUGAUGUAGUAGCUAACAUGGUAUUGUAGUACUUCAUUUUGAUAAUCCAAAUGUAAAAAGGGAACUAUUGUUUGUA